AUGGAGAGUUGCAAUGCUGUGAAGAAUCCAAUUGUCGUUGGAACAAAGCUGAUAAAAGAUGAAGGAGGAACUGAAGUUGAUGCUACCUUAUUCAAGCAAAUGGUGGGGAGUCUCAUUUACUUAACUGUGACUCGUCCCAACUUAAUGUAUGUUGUAAGUCUCAUUAGCAAGUACAUAUCUAGACCAACCGCGUCACUUUGGAUCGUAGCCAAGCGAAUUCUUAGAUACUUGAAAGGAACAACUGAACUGGGAAUUUUCUAUAAGAAGGGAGAAGAAAAUGUGAAGCUUUUGGUAUUCACGGAUAGUGGACAUGCAAACGAUCUUGAUGAUAGGAGGAGCACUUCUGGUUAUAUGCUCAAAAUAGGACAUGGAGUUGUAUCAUGA